CUCGUCCCUGCGAUCGUCGUUCGUUUCUCCCAGCAGUACGCUUUGACUUUGGCUUCGGCUUUACAUCCACGCAUUGCCCGCAUUACGAGCAUACUGCCCCCUCUCACAUCCGAUUGAACAUCCCCUUGUACGGCUGCUCUGAGUUAGAUCACCUAAUUCAACCAUUUCAAUUGGCCACAGUCUGGUUUACGCCACUAGAGCACGGUGUUUUAAGGCUGGUUAUACCUGGAGGGAGGCGCACAAAGGGCCGAUUAGAAGGUCAAUGACCCCUACGCGCACGGCCGUGUUCAGUCGGACGUGAAAAGAAGCAGUACAGCAACCGCACCAGCCCGGAUUUAGCAUUACAGAGGCCUCGUUAACUGGUUGGGUCUGUUCUGCAGCUUUCGGACUGGCUUCCUCAGAUCCCAUCUGGUAGAUCUGUCGGUGUUCGCCCCGUCGUCUUCAAAACGCCCAUUCCUGCCAAAUAUGGAAGCCAUCACACCUCAUCCACAAUCCAUGAUCGCACAUCCUCAACAGAACACAUUGGACUGCAAUACACUCCCACAGCGCAAACCCGACAUGGAAGGCCAGACAGAAUCAAAGGGAACGGCAGAGAACAUGUCUAGAGUUAAGGAGCUUUUCCAGUCACGGCAUUACCUUCGAUGCUCCCUCAGUUGUCAACAACUUCUGAGUCGGACCAAUGAGCAGACUCAUCCUAUCCACAAAGCGUAUCUCAAUUUCUACUUGGCUCUAUCCCAUGACACCAUGGCCAGAGAAGCAGGAAUGAGAAACAGACAAGAACAGCUCGCUUUAGCAGAGAAGCACUAUCUUGCUGCUAUUCACAGUCUGACGUCGCCCGAAUUCGGCGACGGAGGAUCCCUUCAAAGCGGUUACUCACCUACCUUGGAGAGGAGCAAUGACUUGCUGCACCGCCGGCCUUCUGAUGUCCAGUCUGUCGACUCGGACCACUCCGCUUCUACAGCUGCAACUUCGACAGUAGACUCAGAUCACGAAGAGCCAGGACGGAACAGCGCCUACCAUAAGCCUCUACCUUUCUCGGAACCGAAGCUCUCAGUCGAGGUCACUUCCUUCUUGAACAUGGUCCGUACACAUCUUGCCGGUGUACGCCAACUCCAACAGUCCUCUGGCAAUGCUACUCAACGCUCCUGCUUAUCUCGUAUGCGACCUGCCUCGCCUGCAGCCUCUCGCCCUGGAACUAGGGCCUCUCAUCACGACAAUGACUCAAUAGACCAACCUCGCUGGGAACGGAAGAACCUGGUCUUCCGCCCACGGUUCGAUCCAACCAGCAUCAGGAAGUUGUGUGAUGAGGCUCUUCAAGAACUAUGAUCUUUGCAUGUGAGACGAACUGAAGUCUACCGGAUGAACGGCAUAUACAUCGCUGGCGAUAAUUUCCAACACGAUCAUCUUCCCUAUGACGACCUUGUAUCACAUAUAAUGCUUUCUAUUGAGAGCAGACUCUCACUCGAUCUUGGAGGAUUUGUGCUGCUAAUAUGAUAUCCUGGUCACGUAAACUGAUCUUCGCUCCCUCAGAUGGGCACAGUAUGCCCAUUAUGAGAAUACCUUUCUUUUCAAC